CUCGGGAACGCGCAUCAGCAGCCGCUGAGCUCAGGACGCGCGCUUUCCGUUGCCGCUCGUUCUUUGUCCUCCAUUGCAGCUGGUAUUCGCAGCUCCGCCGCACAGCGCAGGCCCGAAGUAGCGCAGCCGCUCUGAGUGUGUUGGGGAGAAACUGUACUGGAUGAUGGAAGACCACACGGUGCAUCAAACAGAGCACAUGACCACCAUCGAGGCCCACGCCGUCUCUCAGCAGGUCGGGCAGGUGCACGUUGCCACGUACACGGAGCACGGCAUGCUAAGCGCUGAUGAGGAUUCGCCCUCCUCACCCGAUGACGAUGCUUAUGAUGACUCUGACAUCCUCAAUUCAACUGGGACAGACGAGGUCACCGCACACCUGGCAGCUGCAGGACCUGUUGGCAUGGCAGCAGCCGCUGCCGUGGCAACUGGGAAGAAACGUAAACGGCCGCACAUCUUUGAGUCAAACCCCUCAAUCCGUAAAAGACAACAAACUCGCCUGCUUAGGAAGCUGAGAGCUACUCUAGAUGAGUACACAACACGAGUUGGCCAGCAGGCUAUUGUUUUGUGCAUCUCUCCCUCUAAACCAAACCCUGUAUUUAGAGUGUUUGGAGCCGCUCCACUCGAGAAUGUGGUGAGGAAAUACAAGAGCAUGAUUCUGGAGGAUUUAGAGAAUGCUCUGGCUGAACAUGCACCCCCUGGUGGUGGAGAACUUGGCUCUGAACUUCCUCCACUCACCAUUGAUGGCAUACCAGUGUCUGUGGACAAGAUGACACAGGUAGGCACCAGGUGGCACUAUGAGGCCCAGCUCAGAGCGUUCAUUCCAGAAAUGCUGAAGUAUUCUACAGGCCGUGGGAAGCCUGGCUGGGGGAAAGAGAGCUGUAAACCCAUCUGGUGGCCAGAGGACAUUCCCUGGGCCAACGUGCGUAGUGACGUCCGGACAGAGGAGCAAAAACAGAGGGUGUCAUGGACGCAAGCCCUGAGGACUAUCGUGAAGAACUGCUACAAGCAGCAUGGGAGAGAGGACCUGCUCUAUGCCUUUGAGGACCAGGUCACCACACAACAAGUUGCAACACACAGCAUUGCGCACCUGGUGCCAUCACAGACCGUGGUGCAGACGAUCAGCAAUCCUGAUGGAACUGUCUCGCUCAUACAGGUUGGCACUGGAGCCACAGUAGCAACACUGGCAGAUGCAUCAGAGCUGCCAGGUACCGUGACAGUCGCCCAGGUGAAUUACUCCACAGUGACGGAUGGAGAGGUGGAGCAAAAUUGGGCCACAAUACAGGGUGGUGAGAUGACCAUCCAGUCCACGCAAGCAUCCGAGGCCACACAGGCUGUGGCCUCCUUAGCCGAAGCUGCAGUUGCUGCAUCGCAAGAGAUCCAGCCUGGGGCAACGGUUACCAUGGCGCUCAACAGUGAAGCAGCAGCUCACGCAGUGGCGACAUUAGCAGAAGCGACUCUUCAGGGCGGAGGGCAGAUCGUGCUAGCAGGAGAGACAGCGGCGGCAGUCGGAGCUUUAACGGGAGUUCAGGAUGCCAGUGGUCUCGUCCAGAUUCCAGUCAGCAUGUAUCAGACUGUCGUCACCAGUUUGGCGCAGGGAAAUCGACCUGUUCAGGUCGCAAUGGCUCCCGUAGCCACACGCAUUGACAAUACGGUAACGCUUGACGGACAGGCAGUGGAGGUGGUGACCCUAGAACAGUGACAUACACUGCCCCUGCAGAUGUAUGGGACAGGAAGUUCUACAAAUACAUAAAGGAAUUAGCUGCUGGAAUAUAUUGUAAAAAAUUAUAUUUUAACCUGUUAACACAUCUGCAGGGGUCAGAAGGUUUUUUUCUGGCUGGG